ACCCAAUCCAAACUCGUUAUUUACAGAUAUUGUAUCUUAAAUUUUCGCCUUUUUGGACUUAUUUAUUAAAUAAGUUUAUUAAUUUUUUAAUUCAGAUAACCAAAAUGGUCUCAGGCCUUGUAUCAGGAAGACUUGCAUUAGUAACAGGCGCUGGAUCAGGCAUAGGCCGUGCGGCCUGCCAGGUAUUAUCAAGAGAAGGUGCCACAGUAAUAGCCGCUGAUAAGAACUAUAAUGCGGCAAUGGAGACCAUAAAAACUCACACCGCGUUGGCUUCUGGUGCUAAUAUGAUUGGAGACCACAGUGCUGCCGAAUUGGAUGUGUCUGACUCCAGCUCAGUUCAGAAGUUACUGCAGACAAUAAAGUCCCAGUACAAUGCCACACCAACUAUUGUGGUUAACUCCGCUGGGAUCACUAGAGAUAACUGGUUGUUGAAGUUAUCUGAAGAGGAUUAUGAUAGCGUUGCUAAUGUUAAUCUGAAGGGGACAUUUUUGAUAAUGCAAACCUUUGGCAAAGCAAUGGCAGAUGCAAAGACUCCUGGGUCCAUCGUUAACAUAUCUAGUAUUGUUGGAAAAUAUGGAAAUAUUGGUCAGUCUAACUAUGCAGCAAGUAAGGCAGGAGUGGUGGCUAUGACACAAACUGCUGCUAAAGAGCUAGGGAAAUUGAACAUAAGAGUAAACGCGAUUUUGCCUGGAUUUGUCAAUACGCCAAUAAUAAGCACAGUUCCAGAUAAAGUUAAGGAACAAAUGUUGAAACUUGUUCCACUGCAAAGGCUGGGAGAACCAAAUGAAAUUGCGGAAGUGAUCACAUUCUUGAGUUCAGAUAAAAGUUCUUUUGUUACUGGUGCAGCUAUUGAUGUUACUGGAGGUUUUUAAUCACAGAAAUAUAAUAUUAU